CUACUGCUUGAAAAUGGGGCUGAUGUAACUGUACAAGGUGGAGAGUAUGGGAGUGCCAUCCAUGCUGCAUCAGCAAAUGGUCACCAAGCCAUUGUGCAGUUGCUGCUUGGGAAUGGGGCUGAUGUAAAUGUACAAGGCGGGCAGUAUGAGACUGUCAUCCAGGCUGCAUCAGCAAAUGGUCACCAAACCAUUGUGCAGUUGCUGCUUGAGAAUGGGGCUGAUGUAAAUUUACAAGGCGGGCAGUAUGGGAGUGCUAUCCAGGCUGCAUCAGCAAAUGGUCACCAAACCAUUGUGCAGUUGCUGCUUGAGAAUGAGGCUGAU